AUGAAGGUUGUCGGAACCCCCAACAAAACAGGCCUCUCUAGGUCAGCUAUUGUUGCUGGACUUCUGGCCGUGGCCGGCAUGUCCUCCGGGGCAUCUGCCGACGUGCCGUCUGUUGCAUCUAAAAAGAGCCAAUUUCUGGCGAAACACCCUAUUACGUACUCGACUUCGUUCGAACACAGCACGCCAGUCGAAGUCGUGACAGAGGACACGAGUUCGGCAGAACCGGAAAAUGCUGGGUUUACGGGCAGCAUGGCUCCGGGUCAUCUGGUGAAUGCGGCAUUUGAUCACGGGACUGUCGACGAUGACACACCCGGCGAGGAGAAGCGGCUUUCCGAACAUCUGAUGUAUGAUAUGCACCAGGACAUGAAAGACCGGUUCUGGCAUUUGAACGACCAAUCCAUGAUUGAAAAGCUCAUUAGUGAAGGGCGUUUGGACCCUUCGUACGGAGACCAGUUCGACAUGAACUUCGUACCGACUUACCAAGACGAUCUUUUCGAAGACAUCUUCAGCGAGGAGCCGUCUACCGAUGAAAUCCCUGAUUCAGCGACAUACGCAGAAGGCGAACUGCUCUCGGACGAUACAAUCCCGCCGGAGGGAACAAGCACAGAUGUCUUACCGCCCGCUGUUUCGACAACCGAAUCCGAACCCACCGCUUCCACUGCAAAGCCGGUGCCUGAUGAAACCAGCGAAGUAACGGAAGAGACGCCCUCGGAACCCUCUCAGGCUCCAGAGACCCGUCCUGAGCCUGCGACUACAGAGGCAACCGUUGAUGCUCCUAGCAAAGAGGACGACUCCACAGAGGAGGCAGACGAGAGGGACAGAGAUGCAGAGGACCAAGCGCCCCAAAUUGUUCCUGAGCAACCGGAGACAUUGACAGAUGGUGUUGCCACGGAAGAUGGCGAAACAGCAGUUGAGGGAGACAAGGAAGACACCACGGCGACCCGGCUGACCACUACUACGACUACAACUACUACAACCACCGCUCCAACGGCCACCGCAGCUGCCACGAAACCUCCAGUGGAGGGGAAUGAGAACGAAGUGGCAGGCCACGAGACGCCGGCUGAGGCAAAUGAAUCCAAGCAGGAAGAAAGUGGAACUGAGGUGGAGCCCGCCACAGCGGGGACUGAAGAAACAAGGGCAGGUAGUGAACACGAAGGAACGGCGAAACGCGCCGCUGAUGCGCCCCAUGCUUUCUUGCGCUCUGUGGAGACCCGCCACUAG